AUGGCGACCCCUAAGAACGAAACUGAUAUCAUCGAGGUGCUCGAUCCACAUACCUCGUCUAAUGUCGAAGUCUUAGGCCGCGACUUCACGCUCGCAGACUCGGAGCUGCCGAAAGGAUACUUUACCAGCGCAAACUUCUUGGGCUCCAUGUUCGCCAUCGGUGCCAGCUUCGGCUGCGGCGUCGGCGGCUUUGGCCUCGCCGCACCUGUUCUAUCAUUCAUCAACGCAGAUAUCGGUCCUGACGCGAAUCUAAGCUGGGUUAGCCUGGCUUAUCUGCUCACGAACUCAGUCGGGCUGAUGCUGGUUGGGAGGUUGAGUGAUUUGUUUGUAGGUCGUCGCUGGUUUUUUAUCGGCGGAAAUGCGCUCGCGACUCUGGGAUGUAUCGUUGCUGCUGUCGCGCCGAAUGUGCCCACAUUGAUUGCAGCGGAGGUGCUGAUCGGGCUGGGGGCGGCCAGCCAGCUGUCGUAUGCUUUUGUUGUGGGUGAACUCGUACCUACAACACACAGAUUCAUCGCUCAGGCUUGGGUCUUCGCGUGGGCGAUCCCUUCAAGCGGCCUUGCUCCCGCUAUAUCGUAUGCCUUCGUACAGUCUAAUGUUGGAUGGCGAGGCAUCUUCUACCUCCUAAUCGCUCUCAACGCCGCCACAACACUUGCAUGGUUUCUCUUCUACAAGCCGCCAACAUUCCACCAAAAGCACGCUUCCUCUCGCAAAUCCCUUUUUCUUGCACACUUCGACUACAUUGGCACUCUUCUCUUCACUCUCGGCCUUCUGCUCUUCCUCAUGGGCCUCUCCUGGGGUGGCACACUGCACUCUUGGGCCUCCGCAAACGUCAUCGCGACCAUCCUUGUGGGUUUCGCUUGCCUCGCAGGCUUCUUCCUGUACGAAUCUUAUGCGCGGUUGAAAGAGCCGCUGCUGCCGGUGCAUCUGCUGAGAAAUGUUCCCUGGGAUGUCACGGUUUUGCUCUGGGCGCUCGGAGCUGCGGUGUACUAUGCACUUGCCAUCAUCUGGCCGAGCAUGGUGGCGACGCUGUAUUCGCCGGGCCAUGGGUUCAUGUGGGCGGGAUGGAUGUCGUGCAUUUCGAACUCUGGGAUAUUGUUUGGCGAGUUCGUGGGUGCGUUCUUCAAGAGGAGAACAGAUGUACAGAUCAAGGUGGUGUUCUUCAUCGGUAGUGUUUUCCUUGCUGCAAUGGCUGCGUCCACCCCAGACACGCCCAUCAUGGCCGCCGUCUUCGUUUUCCUCGCUGCCGCCUUCAUCGGGUGGAACGAGAUCCUCAAUUCUACAGUCGCCACUAUCGUCAUCAACGAUCAGCGCGAGAUUGGAACUGCAACUGGCAUCGCAGGCUCAGCGCGCUCCUUCAUUUCGACCAUAUGCUCUACCGUUUACACAGUCAUCCUCUCGAACCGCCUCGCUGCCACGAUCCCCGCCCGCGUACCGCCAGCGCUCAUCGCAGCCGGCCUCCCAUCUUCAAGCGUGGCCUCCUUUCUCUCUGCCCUGACACUCGGCACGCCAGCCGCGUGGGCUGCCGUCAAUGGACUGUCAGCUGAAAGCCAGGCUGCAGGUGUGAGAGCAUAUCAGGAGGCCAACGCAGAGGCGUACAAGACGGUGUUUCUGAGCACGAUUGCCUUUUGCGGUGUAGGGAUCCUAGCAAGCUUUUGGGCACCGAAUGUGGACGCAUUAUUGACGCGAGAUGUCGUUGUCCAGCUUCGUGGCCGCGAAAGGAUACCUGCUCCAGAUGAUGGUGGACAAAAAGCAUAA